AAGAAAAGUUGAUGUUUAGCCUGGAUUAGUCCUGUCGUAAUCUAGUGGUUUAUUGUUUGUGUUGAUGAUGUUGAGUAACAUUCUUUGAGUGUUAGAUCCGUAUUAUUAUUAGCUAACUUGAGACGGGGUCAUGGUGUGGUGUAACCAUUGUGCCAAGAAUGUUCCCGGAUUUCGCCCCAGCGACAGUGGUUUGGCAUGUGAUUUAUGUGGGAGGAUAUUGGAAAACUUCAAUUUUUCUGAUGAAGUUACAUUCGUUAAGAAUGCCGCUGGACAGAGCCAAGCGUCAGGUAACAUAGUGACGAGUGUUCAGAGUGGGCUUUCAAGCUCACGUGAAAGGAGAAAGAGAAUAGCUAGAGAUGAGUUAAGGAAUUUGAAAGAUGCCUUGGGAAUUGGUGAUGAGAGAGAUGAUGUGAUUGACAUGGCUGCCAUAUUCUUUGAAAUGGCAGCUGAACAAAACUUCACUAAAGGGCGCAAAACUGAACUUGUACAGUCUUCCUGUCUCUACUUGACUUGCAGAGAAAAGAAAAUUCCGUUUCUACUUAUUGAUUUUUCAAGCUACCUUCGAGUUAGCGUUUACGAGUUAGGUUCUGUGUACUUGCAACUCUGUGAAAUGCUGUACCUUGUGGAUAACGGGAACUAUGAGGAGCUUGUUGAUCCUUCAAUCUUCAUUCCUCGAUUCAUGAACAACUUAUUGAAAGGUGCACACAAUAUAUCAAAAAAUGUCUUGGAUAACGUCUUGCGUACGGCUACAAACAUUAUAUCUAGUAUGAAGAGAGAUUGGAUGCAGACCGGCCGGAAACCAAGUGGAAUAUGUGGAGCAGCAAUUUACAUAGCUGCACUUUCUCAUGGUAUCAUGUGCUCGAGGGCAGAUAUUGCAAAAAUUGUGCAUAUGUGUGAAGCAACAAUAACCAAAAGAUUGAAUGAGUUUGCUAAUACCGAGGCUGCAACUUUAACUGUUGAUGAGCUUGAUAAAAGCGAAAAGAUAUUGCGUGACAAAACUUUUACCCCAAGACCAAAUUCUGACAAAGGAGUAGUGAACUGUAAACAUAAGGAUUUAAAACGUUUUGGUUUCGGAUUAUGUAAGAGCUGUCACGAUGUUUUCAUUAAAGUAUCUGGUGGAGUUGUUGGUGGGUCGGAUCCUCCUGCUUUCCAGCGAGCAGAGAAAGAGAGAAUGGAAAAAGCAGCUAGAGAAGAAAACGAGGGAGGAAUUGAGAAAAGUGAAGGAGAAACAGAUUGGGAUGCUGAAGCUUCGGAUGAAUCAGGCAAUCUUUCUGACCUCGAUGGUGAUGCUGAGGUGGAUGGCUGUUUUCUCAACGAGGACGAAAAGCUCAUGACGAAGAUCUCAUGGGAAUUAGAUAACAGAGUUUAUCUUGAGGAGCAAGCAGCAAAGGAAGCAGCUCUGAAGGCUUCAAACCCGGGCAAUGCUGCUAAUUGCCCAGAAGAUGCAAGAAACCUUUUCGAAGCUUCUAAAGAAGCUGUGGCGAAAUCUAGAAAUCUUAUACAGAGAGUCAGUGGAAUCAACUGCGAUCUUUUGGACGAUCUCUUAGAUAAUGUGACGGCUGAGAAGUCACAGAAGAAACCGAGAACCGAGACAGUUACAGAGAAGAAGAAGGAAGAGCAUGAGAUUGUUGAAGAUGAAGAAGAUGAAGAAGAUGAAGAAGAUGAAGCACCAUACGAGAUGAACACAUAUGAGAAAUUCUAUGAAGACGAAGUGGAAGAGGAAGAGGAUGGUUAUGAUUUUGGAUUGUAUUAAUAAUGAUACUUUAUAGUAUUAUCUAAUUAUAUUUUGAUUCAUUUUGUUUUGCCGAACUAGCUAAACAAAUUAUGUGCAUCAGU